CGACUUUGGUUUUCGCAUUUUCCACAAUCUCUCUCUCUCUCAAUCUCUCUAUGCAACAACUUUCUCUUCCCCGUGAAAUCUCAACCUCAUUUCAAUUCAAUUUCCUCUCCUCGCACAAACCGUGAACUCCUACUUGGAUCCGGUGCCGUUUCGAUUGGAGAAAGAGGCGAAUGGAAUUCGGAAGAUGAGCUUCUAUGUGUCUGCCAAGGGGAUAAAGAGAGUCGUUGCAGUAACCAAAGACGACGGAAAAGGAUCCGUCAAGACAAGUGCUCCUGCCGUCACCGUCACCGGUCGCCGGAUUUCGAACUGGACGGUGGUGGCGCUCGGAAUCGUGUUGCUGCUCGGCUUUCUCAGAGUGGCGGUUUUGGUGCUGGAAUCUUCUGCGGUGUGCUUCACCUUUGAUUGCGUGGGGUCCACAUUUUUCGGCUUCGGCGGAGGUGACGUCAAUCUGAAGAAACUCAGAGAUGAGCUCACGAGAGCGCUAAUAGAGGCAAAGGAUGGGAAUGGUAAUGAAGAAGGAGCAAUGUCAUUUGACGAGCUUGUCAAUGCUUUGGCAUCAAAACAAGACCUUCAAGCAUUUGCUUUCACGACCAAAGCCAUGCUAUUACGGAUGGAACGUGAGGUGCAAUCAGCUAGAAAGCAGGAAUCAGUAAAUUGGCAUCUAGCUUCACACGGUGUUCCCCAAAGUCUGCAUUGUCUUUGUUUGAAGUUAGCUGAAGAAUACGCUGUGAAUGCCAUAGCACGAUCUCGUCUACCUCCUCCUGAAUAUGUGUCUCGCCUUGUCGACCCCACUUUUCACCACAUUGUUCUCCUAACAGACAACGUUCUUGCAGCUUCAGUUGUUGUAACAUCUACUGUUGAAAAUUCAGCCAACCCCGGAAGAUUAGUCUUUCAUGUUGUUACCGACAAGAAAACUUAUACUCCCAUGCAUACUUGGUUUGCCAUAAACUCUAUUGACUCAGCAGUUGUUGAAGUUAGGGGAUUACACCACUAUGAUUGGUCCAAAGAAAUGAACGCUGUUGUUCAAGAGAUGCUGGAAACAAAUGAUUUAAUUUGGAAACACUACUAUAACAGCUAUAAAGAAAAGGAGCUUGACCAUAUUAAAGACCAUAACAGAUAUUUGGAAGCUUUAAGACCUAGCAGCCUUUCCUUGCUGAAUCAUCUCCGCGUCUAUAUCCCUGAGCUGUUUCCAGAUCUAAACAAGGUAGUGUUGUUGGAUGAUGAUGUUGUAGUACAGCGCGACAUAUCUUCUUUGUGGGAACUAGAUCUGAAUGGCAAGGUCUGUGGUUCGGUAUUCAAGUCAUGGUGUGGGAACAGCUGCUGCCCUGGAAACAAAUACGCUAACUUCUUGAACUUCUCACAUCCUAUCAUAUCAUCUAACUUUGAUGGUGACAAGUGUGCAUGGCUCUUUGGCGUGAAUAUAUUUGAUCUUGAAGCUUGGAGGAGGUCAGAUAUUACUAAGACUUAUCAUCACUGGUUGAAACUUAACAUGCAGUUUGAGCUGGCAUUCUGGAAUCCUGGAGUUCUCCCACCAGCCUUGAUUGCUUUUGAGGGUCAAGUGCACCCCUUAGAUUCAUCAUGGCUCGUCACUGAUUUGGGUUAUCGCCAUCGAUCAGAAGAAGAACUUACUAAUAGCAUAGAGAGAGUGGAAGCUGCUGCUGUUGUUCAUUUCAAUGGCCCGGCAAAGCCAUGGCUCGAAAUUGGUUUGCCUGAGGUUCGAAGUUUAUGGAGCAGAUAUGUAAAUUCCUCCGAUAAGUUUAUUAGGCAAUGUAGGAUUAUAAUGUGAACAGAUAAAUUUCAUGAAAGAGAAGAAAAAAAAUUCAUAAAUUAAAAUUAAUUUAUGCAUAAGUUAAUUUGUAAAAAAAUUUUAAUAUAAUAUUUUUAAAAUUUUAACUUAUGCAUAAAUUAGUAUUACUUUAUAAUUUGUUUUUCUUUUUAUUUUUUUUAUGAGUAUCUAUAGAAAAGUUUAUUUAAACAAAUAGUGAGUUAUUGUACCUCCAAUAUUCAUGUUGAGAUCAUAGAACGAAUGACGCCGUAUGCGAUCAGAGGGAAGAAGGUUUUGGCUUCAGUCUCAGACCCACGCGGUUUACACAGUAUGGUAUAGAACUUGCAUGCAAUACCAUGUUAGAAGAGAAGCUAGCAGUAGCUGCAGUUUAAGAAUCAAGACAUAUAUAUGCAUCAUAAUCUUAUAUUACCAGUCUUGUAAAUUAUUUUGUUUCUCAAAAUAAAGCAUUUUUAAUUAGUAGAA